UCUAGCACCUGCUACUGAAGGAGGCAUGUCGUCCGUGCUGCAAGACCGGCUGUGCACCGAUCAGUGUCUGCUGAUGAUGCAGGAAGGCAUGACGAUGCGCAAGGUGAGGUCCAAAAGCUGGAAGAAGCUAAGACACUUCAAACUCCAGAAUGAUGGCAUGACAGUCUGGCAUACACGGCAGUAUGGUGGCAACGCUAAGCCCAGCUUCUCCAUCUCGGAUGUGGAGACGGUGCGCAAGGGCCAUGACUCAGAGCUGCUGCGCAGCCUGGCAGAGGACUACCCACUGGAGCAAGGCUUCACCAUUGUCUUCCGUGGCCGCCGCUCCAACCUGGAUGUGGUGGCUGGCAGUCCAGAGGAGGCCCAGGUCUGGAUACAAGGGCUGCAGCUGUUGGUGGACAUCAUUACUAGCAUGGAUCAACAGGAGCGCCUGGAUCAAUGGCUGAAUGACUGGUUCCAGCGUGGAGACAGAAACCAGGAUGGUAGAAUGACUUUCCAAGAAGUCCAACGCUUGCUGCACCUGAUGAAUGUGGAAAUGAACCAAGAAUAUGCCCUCAGUCUUUUUGAGGCAGCAGACACAUCCCGCUCAGGGACCCUGGAAGGAGAAGAAUUCGUAGAGUUUUAUAAAGCAUUGACUAAGCGUUCUGAAGUGCAGGAACUGUUUGAAAACUUUUCAGCUGAUGGGCAGAAGCUGACACUGCUGGAAUUUGUAGAUUUCCUCCGGGAGGACCAGAAAGAAAGAGACCACGCCACCGACCUUGCCCUGAAACUCAUCGACCGCUAUGAGCCUUCUGACAGUGGCAAACUGAGGCAUGUGCUGAGCAUGGAUGGCUUCCUCAGCUACCUCUGCUCAAGGGACGGAGACAUCUUCAACCCGGACUGCCUCCCUAUCUACCAGGACAUGACCCAACCCCUGAGCCACUACUUCAUCCACUCCUCUCACAACACCUACCUAGUCAAAGACCAGCUCUACGGCCAGAGUAGCGUCGAGGGAUAUAUAUGGGCCCUGAAGCGGGGAUGCCGCUGUGUGGAGGUUGAUGUCUGGGAUGGACCUAAUGGAGAGCCCAUCGUUUACCAUGGCCACACCCUGACUUCCCGCAUUCUAUUCAAAGACGUCUUGACCACUGUGGCACAGUACGCCUUCCAGGCUUCGGACUACCCAGUCAUCUUGUCCCUGGAGAACCACUGCAGCUGGGAACAGCAGCAGACCAUGGCGCGCCACCUCACCGAGAUCUUGGGCGAGCACCUGCUCAUCGCCACGCUGGACCCCAUGCUGUCCACCGAGCUGCCCUCGCCCGAGGAGCUUCGAAGGAAAAUCCUGGUGAAGGGGAAAAAGUUAACACUGGAGGUAGAGAUGGAGGACAAGGAAGAGGAGUUAGAGAGUGAGCUGGGGACAGAGCCGGAGCUGGAACCCAAGUACCACUCAGAGACUGAGCUGCAUCCCAGAAAGAACAAGAAGGGGAAGGUAGGCCGGGAGAGGAGAGAAAGGAAGAGGAGGGAGAGAUGUUUGAGAUCCAAGCCCAUCCUGUGUCCGGAUCUCUCUGCCCUGGUGAUCUACCUGCAGUCUGUCUCAUUCCGCAGCUUCACACACUCAAGGGAGAACUACCACUUCUACGAGAUGUCGUCCUUCUCGGAGAACAAGGCCAAGAACCUGGUCAAGGAGGCUGGCAAUGAGUUUGUACAACACAAUGCCACACAUUUAAGCCGUGUGUACCCCAGCGGCCUGAGAACAGACUCUUCCAACUAUAAUCCCCAGGAACUCUGGAAUGCCGGCUGUCAGAUGGUGGCUAUGAACAUGCAGACUGCAGGGCUGGAAAUGGAUAUCUGUGACGGGCUCUUCCAGCAGAAUGGCGCCUGCGGCUACGUGCUAAAGCCCCAGUUCCUGUGUGAUCCGCAGAGCUCCUUCCAUCCCGAGAAGCCCCUCAGCCCUUUCAAGGCCCAGAUGCUUCUGGUCCAGGUGAUUAGUGGUCAGCAACUUCCCAAAGUGAAUGAGACCAAAGAGAAGUCCAUUGUGGAUCCAUUUGUCAAAGUGGAGAUCUUUGGCGUCCGGCCCGACACAACCCGGCAGGAGACCAACUAUGUGGAGAACAAUGGUUUCAAUCCGUAUUGGGGGCAGACGCUGUGCUUCAGGAUCCUGGUGCCUGAACUUGCCAUGGUGCGUUUUGUGGUCAAGGAUUACAACUGGAAAUCCCGGCAUGACUUUAUUGGUCAGUACACCCUACCUUGGAGCUGUAUGCAGCAAGGCUACCGCCACAUCCACCUGCUCUCCAAGGAUGGCACUAGUAUUCGCCCAGCUUCCAUCUUUGUGUACAUCUGCAUCCGGGAAGACCUGGAAUCCUGAGCUGGCUACUUCAUGGCCAGGGUGAGUGCACUGGCUUUAUGUGGUAACCCAGAUCUGCAAGGAAGCUCUCAAGACUAAACGGAGGGGAUGAACACCCCUUGUCCUUCCUAACAAGCAAAUCUAGGAUGCCACGUUUCACUGUCUUGCUUUUCCCUUUCCUUGUUUUUACAAGCCUUUGGCCUCUCUCCUUUCUGCAUGCUCUACCCUGAAUUCCCUCCUUCCUCUUGCCAU